UUUGAACGUCAAAUUCGUUAAAGGUGAUUUGCAGUUAUAGCGCAUUUUAACGCAUCAACGUUGAAUAUUUCAAUUGUAAUCACAAAAUUGAUUUCUGUACUGAGAAUGACAUCGAAUAAUGCACCUCCAUCGAUGGACAAUGAGCGCAAAAAUGCAUUAGCCUCGUACCGCACCAAACUCUUGGAGCACCGCGAACUCGAGUCGCGCCUGAAGGCGCUGCGAAACAAGCUCAAGGAUCAACAAUCUGCCUUCGAGAAAUCGGAGGAUGAUCUGAAGGCACUGCAGAGUGUUGGCCAAAUGCUUGGCGAGGUGAUCAAGCAGCUAACGCCGGACAACUUCAUUGUCAAGUCGACCCAUGGGCCGCGAUACAUCGUCGGCUGUCGCCGCCAGUUGAACAAGGAGAAACUAAAGGCUGGCACUCGAGUGGCCUUAGACAUUACGACGCUGACCAUAAUGCGUUAUUUGCCACGUGAGGUGGAUCCCCAGGUGUACAAUAUGUCACAUGAGGAUCCUGGCAAUAUUGACUACUCAGCCAUCGGUGGCUUGGGUGAUCAGAUUCGCGAGUUGCGCGAGGUGAUUGAACUGCCACUGUUGAAUCCCGAUCUGUUCGUACGGGUGGGCAUCAGUCCACCCAAGGGCUGUCUGCUUUACGGGCCGCCGGGCACUGGGAAGACGCUGCUGGCACGCGCCAUUGCCUCACAGAUGGAUGCGAACUUCCUGAAGGUCGUCUCCUCAGCUAUCGUUGACAAGUAUAUUGGGGAGAGUGCUCGUCUCAUCCGGGAGAUGUUCAACUAUGCACGCGACCAUCAGCCGUGCAUCAUUUUCAUGGAUGAGAUCGAUGCAAUUGGCGGGCGUCGCUUUUCGGAGGGCACCUCCUCGGAUCGUGAGAUUCAGCGCACCCUCAUGGAGCUGCUUAACCAGAUGGACGGCUUCGAUGCUCUUGGCCAGGUCAAGAUUAUCAUGGCGACCAAUCGUCCGGACACUCUAGAUCCGGCCCUGUUGCGUCCGGGUCGCUUGGAUCGCAAAUUGGAAAUACCACUGCCCAAUGAGAUCGCUCGCCUCGAAAUACUCAAGAUUCAUGCGGCUCCUCUGGCGAAGCGUGGCGAAAUUGAUUACGAGGCGGUCGUCAAACUCUCGGACUUGUUCAAUGGCGCCGAUCUUCGCAAUAUUUGCACCGAGGCGGGUCUUUUUGCACUGCGCGAGGAGCGUGAAUACGUCAUCCAGGAGGACUUCAUGAAGGCGGUACGCAAAACGGCGGACAACAAGAAACUCGAAACCAAAUUGGACUACAAACCCCUCUAGAAACAGUUGAUGUACUUUCUUAUACAAAGCCAGCAUCAAAUAUAAUAUCGCCAAUGCAUUUUACAAUAAAUCAAUUUGUUAAUUGCUGAA